CAAUAUGGAUUUGUUACAAUUUUUGUCGCUGCAUUUCCCUUGGCGCCAUUCUUUGCAUUAUUGAAUAAUGUUUUUGAGAUGAGAUUGGAUGCGAAAAAGUUAUUGACCAUGUAUAGAAGACCGGUCGGACAGCGCGUGAGAGAUAUAGGCAUAUGGUACCGCAUUCUUGAUUCCAUUUCCAAAUUAUCCGUUAUUACUAAUGCAUUCAUCAUAGCUUUUACUUCAAAUUUUAUACCAAGGCUAGUUUAUCGUAUAACAAUUUCUGAUAAUUAUUCAUUAGAAGGUUUCCUAGAGCAUUCUCUGUCAAAAUUUAAUACUAGCGAUCUGAAAAGUGGCACUCAACCUAUGGCGUCAUUAGGUCAAGCCCCAAUCGAGAUUUGCCGUUAUCAAGAUUACAGAGAAUCACCAGACUCGCCAAACAAGUAUGAUUACACCAUCAUGUUUUGGCAUAUACUAGCGGCUAGAUUAGCUUUUAUCGUCGUUUUUGAGAAUGUCGUGGCAUUCGUGAUGAACUUAGUACGAUGGUGUAUUCCUGAUAUAAGCCCAAAAUUACGGGACAAGAUACGUCGCGAAGCGUACAUCACCAAUGAGAUUAUCAUACAUCAAGAAGCAUUACGUGCUCUGGAGAGGCCCGAGACUGAUGUUGUAGAGCCAAGGAUCACGCAAACUUAUGUAGUCGCCAACGAAAGUACCGACAGAUGGAAUAGGGUUAUGAGAGAUUGUCUCUCGACUUCCGAACUCGAUUUAGAGGUCCAUGGGUGUCCUCUCUCCCCGGUUAAUACAACUCCGCGUAUUAGCCCUGCUGCAGUCUGAGCAAGAAAAUUCGUCAAAUUGAUGCGAAUCUAUGCGGGUGUAAUGUAAUUUUCUGAAAACUAUUAGAUUAGUGCAAAAAGUAUGUUGUUUUUGUCAAAAUAUUAACGAUUAGACAUGUAUUUUACUCUCUCUCUCUUUCUCUCUCUUUGCUUCUAUAUAAAUAAUUGUUAUUAAAUAAAAUAGUCACUAUUAUGAUACAUAGUCACCAUAUUUGAUACACUUUUUAAAAUUUUAGGCAAGAGAGAAUAUAAUGAAUUUUUUGUUUGUUUAUAUAAAACUUUGUAUGAAUAAUUUUAUAUAAAAGUAAAACACUUAGUGCAAAAACGAUAAAUUUUUUGCAUCAAGAAUCUAAAAAUAUCGUGAUUUUCGCUAGUCGUGAGAUAAUUCGUGAAAUUUGACGGAAGAAGAUAUUAUUUUUGAAAGUAUAUUUUAAUGGAAGCCGCAAUUCUAAGGCUGGGUUCGGGGAGCAUGCUUUUAGCGCUACAACAAUCCUCUGUCCUUAUUCAACUUUCGGUAAGUAACAAAGAUAAACGAUACUUUUAGGGCGUAAGCAUGCUCCCUGAACUCAGCCUAAUUUUAGCUCUUUCUUUCCUCUUUCUAAUUAUAAUAGAUGCUAUAUGUAAGAUGCAUAUGCUAUAUUUUUCAUGGCGGAAAUAAGAGUCUCUACAAAUUUUAUAAACUUUAUUAGAAAAUUAAGAUUGAAUUAUUAGAGAGAGAAUUGUGAUAUACAUUUAUUGCAACUAUUAUUUUGAAGCGAUAUUAUAGUGCAAUAUGAUAAUGAUAUAUCUAUUACUGUUAUUGCUAAAGUUUAAAAUUUUUAAUAUCAAUUAUAAUUAUUAGUAACUUUUCUGGAAUCUGUAUUCUAAUAUUCUCAGUUAUUCUUGUAUAUCACAAAAAGAAUUUUGAAUGUGUUAUACAUAUACAUAUAACGAGAGAAGGGUGUGUCCUCUUUAAUAAGAUAGUUGUAUAGGAUGUCUCGUAUCUAAUGAAUUGAACAUGAUGUUAAAAGACAUCCUAUAUAUACAUAUCGGAAAUAUAAAUAUAUUUAGUAACUGGAUUGUGCAAAAGAUUGUGUUGUAAAUUUAUGUAUAUUUGUGUGUGUAUGUACACAUACACUCAUGCAUAUACAUAUAUUUUUGUGUGACAAAGAAACGCGGACUUUUCUGAUAAAGAUUAUAUAAACUGAUAUAAAUUGUAUUUUGAGAAGAAUCUUUUAUAUUUAUUUAACUAAUUAUAUAGAUCAUUACUAUGAUAUUUGCAGAUUUAUAUUAAGAUUCUCUUCUAGAAUAUUUUAUAUGAGAUGAAUGAUCUUCCACAACAUCUCUUUUAUUGUUAUACUGUAAAAAU